AUGCCCAACGGCAGCCCCGAUCAUGCUUCUCCUUGUAGAAGGACCGUUCAUCGCUUUUAUUCCGGAGAUUUGGUCUGGGCCUGCUCAUCUGGCCACGGCAAUGCAAUCGCAAAGCGGUAA